AUGGGCACUCCUAAGAACAGAACCAAGAUAACCAACCCCCUCCCUUGCCUCCUGACAGAGAGAAGACUGAUGAGGAUCAAAGGCCUGUCUCAGGAGGUCACCUCCAAGGAGAUGCUGCACACUCUCUCCCAGGCCAAGAAGGAAUGCUGGGACAGGUUCCUGCAGGAGAAGUUUGAGUCUGAAGUUUUUGUAGAGGGAAACGACUCUGAUGAGAGCACACUGGAGCACCUGAGGAGGUGGCUGCAGCCUGACAAGGUGGCCAUCAGCAGGGAGGAGGUGCAGUGUCUCCUGCCCCUGGAGCCCCAGCUGGAGAAGCCGGAGAUGGAGGAAGAGCCUCCGGCUGCUGAGCAGUGA